AUGCAACAAAACCAAAACCUCUUGUUGGAGACCAUACUCGCCUUGCAGAAGAAAAACACCACCCCUCCUUUGCCUGAGGCGAACACGGAGGGAACUCAUCCCACUGGCUCUCAAAACGAAACUCGCGACAACCAAAUCGUCGCCGUAGUCCAGAACACGGCAAACACAACCCCCGUCACGCUAGAGCAAGUGCGAGCACUCAUCCAAUCCGAAAAAAAACCCCUCGCUUUCACGCCCGAUGCGGACCUCUGCCCUCCGUAUCCCAUAGCGGUUGCAAGCAUGCCAUAUCCAGAGGGAUACACGGUCCCUAAGUUCAUCCGUUUCGACAGAAGGAAGGGAAACACCAAAGAGCACGUCAUCCAUUUUGUGGACAGCCUUGACAUCCACAGCGGAGAUCGUAACUUGAGGCUACGAGAGUUCUCCAAAUCCUUGACGGACAAAGCGUACUCAUGGUACGCCAACCUUGCUUCUAACUCUGUCCUCUCUUGGGAGGACAUGGUUAAAAAUUUUUACUCCAAGUUCUUCUAUGUGGAGGAUCGCCUCACAACCCUCCAACUGAUAAAGGUGACUCAAAGGCCUUCUGAGGCCUUGAAUGCUUAUGUCCGCCGCUUCCAUGAACUAUCGGUGGAUGUUUAA